GAUCACUCCAUGGUAGUACGCGGCCUGGUCUCGCCGCAGAGACGUCUGCUGCUGGUGGCAGUCGCACUAUUCGCGGCAAUCAUGCUGGACCAUCCGCGAGACGCUCUGGCUGCGAGUGCCUGCAGCGUCUGUGAUUGCUCCACGCCAACGUUCAUCACUUGCAGCGUUGCCUCGAUUACCUCCGUCCCGACCGGCUUUCCAGUGACUCUUGAGCAACUAUCACUGAGUAACACUGGCAUCACAAGCGUUCCCGUGAACGCGUUUUCACAGCUGACCAAACUUGAGUUUCUGAGUCUUGCGUACACUGCGAUAACGUCAAUCGCCUCCGGAGCGUUUACAAAUCUCUCGCACCUGACCUUUCUAGGAUUGUCCGGAUCGCUUCUUGUCAACCUCCCGGCUGGCGCAUUUAAUGGAGCUCCAAACCUUGAGUUGUUAUACCUUGCGGAGACAAAGUUGACUGCCAUCCCCAGCAGUGCAUGGACUGGACUAACUGCCUUGCGGUACUUGUACAUUGACAGCCCACAGCUUUCAACCAUCUCGGCAAACGCCUUUUCUGGUCUCACGGCUCUCACAACUCUACUUGUUGGAAACCCAGCAUACAGAUACAUUUCCCCCAAUGCUUUUGAGGGCCUCCCAGCGCUUCGAACUCUGUCUUUAACUGGUUGUUCAAUUACCUCCCUUUCGGAUGGAAUUUUCAACGGAUUGGACGAGCUUGAAACCCUGGAUAUGUCGAACACUGCCGUUACAAUCCUUCCAGCCGACGCUUUUGCUGGAUUAACCGCUUUGCAGGACUUGCUUCUGGAUGGCUCAUCCCUGCUAUCCAUCCCAACUCAAAUAUUUCCCGCGUUGAGUUCUCUUGAAAGCUUAACUUUGUCUGGCACGAACAUCACAAGUAUUGGGCCCAAUGCCUUUGUUGGGCUCUCGUCGCUCACCACACUAGAUUUGUCAAACACCCAAAUUGCGUCAAUUGCACCGAACGCUUUUGCUGGCCUGCCGUCUCUUCGAUCCCUACGUCUUUCAAACUCCCCAAUUACCUCGCUCCCGCCCAAUGUAUUUUCCACGCUUACUCAACUGCAAACAUUAUCAUUGCAAGCAACAAGCCUGACCACCCUUCCUCCCGGACUGUUCCAAGGCUUGUUCAACCUGGCCACUGUUCAACUCCAAAACAACAAUUUUGAUGACAAUUCCGGCCGAAGUACCCCACCACCAAGCACUUAUGGCACCUGGUCCAAUCCGAUUCCAUGCAAUCCAACCUGCGCGACGUGCUUCGCCGCUGGUAGCACCUCUUGUUGCUCGACCAACUGCAUAAGCUGCACCUCAGCAUCCGCUUGUUCAGUCUGCGCUCCUGGAUAUGUUAGACCUGAAAUCGGCUGCCAAGCAACUCAAGCAACAAACGAAAGUCUCGCGACGGUCGCAUCGCUCGCAACCGCGACUAUCGCGUCUGCCUCGUCCGCCUCCGCUCAAGCUGCUUCGCUGGCAUCGGCGGCGCAGCUCGCUUCCGCAGCGUCAACUUCCCUCGCCUCGCUGAUUUCACAUCUCGCCAUGGAAUCUGCCUCGGCAGCGUCUCUCGCGUCCCGCGUCUCUGGCAGCUCAGCCUCCGCUGCAUCCAUCGCAACCGCGGAUGCUGCAUCUGCCUCCUCGGCCUCUGCCUCGGUUGCUAAUCUCGUGUCCUUGACGUCAGCGCUUUCAGCCUCAGAGGCGUCGGCCGCCUCCACGUCGCUCGCUUCCUUGGCGGCUAACUCUGCGCUUUCGGUCUCGUCGGCAGCCGCCCUGGCGUCUUCUGCGGCAGAGCAGGCUUCCUCGAUCGCCCAAGUCGCCUCGUUCGCCUCCCUGGCAACCCAAGCUUCCGGUGCCUCGAGUGCCUCGGCUUCCCUGGGAUCACAGGCGUCUGAAGCCUCUAGUGCCUCGGCCUCGAUGGCGUCUCUAGCGUCGGGUGCCUCGACUGCUUCGGCCUCUGCUGCAUCAGCAUCCACACAUGUUGCUUCAGGCAGCCCAGCAAGUUCGUCGCCUGCCGUGGUGAUUGGGAUUGUUGUAGCACUCCUGGUGGUGCUUCUUGUUGUGAUUGUGGUGCUGGUGCGACGACGGCAGACACGUCAAAAGGCAGCCUUGGCGGGAUUUUCGGAUGACCACUCGGCCAUUCCGAUGCAGAGCGUGAAUGUUCCAGCGCGUCAGUAUGACGACGACGCAUCAUCGGCUCUGUACGCUACGGCUGGUCAAAUCUACACGACAGUGAACAGAGGCGCCUCUUCUCCGUAUGCGUCAACCCUCGAGCCGUACGCGACAACCAGCUCUCAACAGGAAGGAGAGACGGCGACGACGACGACGACUGCGGUAUACGGCGGAUCCGACCGGUAUAGCGUGCCAGGCGGGCAUGCCACCGUCUACGCAACCCCAACAACUGCAGCUGCAGCGAGUUCUUCCGCGCCAAAAAAGCUUCCUUCACCAUAUGCGACCACCCUCUUGUCAUCUGCGACGACAACAACAACAGCAGUAACAGCAACAACGGCUGCAACAACAACAACAGCAGCAUCAACGCGUCCGCCAAACGAAGAAGCAGUUGCUGCUUACUCCACGUCUGGGCGGUACAGUGUUCCGGGAUCGCACGACAACGCGUACAGCGUCUCACGAGCUCCUUCUUCCGCCGUACCAGCGGAUACUCUGGCAUAUGCGAUUUCUUCCGAGAGAAUUUACCACACCGUGGACCCCGCCACGAAGAAUCUGCGUCGAGAACUGGUGAUUGGCGAGACACUGGGUGCUGGUAACUUUGGUGUCGUCAUGCGGGGCAAGAUGCCGGCCCGUCUGCUUCCUCCAGAUGCGCACUACCUGCUGCACGAUCCGUCUCAGCACGACAUUGAUGUGGCUGUCAAGAUGGUGCAAAGUGACGCAUCCGAGAAGGCGCGCCAAGAUUUUGUUGAGGAAGCCAACAUGGUUGCACGGUUUAACAGCCCUAACGUGAUUCGCUCGAUUGCUGGGCUCUUUGAGACGGAGCCCUAUCUGUGCGUCCUCGAGCUCAUGCCAUACGGUGAUUUGAAAGACGUGUUGCUCAAGUCCGCGUCUCAGUCGUUGACGUGGACGUUGGGCGAGUUUGCCCAUGCCCUGGCGCAAGUUGCCAGCGGCUUGAGCUACCUCGAGUCGAUUCGGUUUGUGCAUCGCGACAUUGCCGCUCGCAACUGCCUCGUAGGCGCGGACUUGACGGUGAAGAUUUCAGACUUUGGUCUGACCCGCGCUCUGGCCGAAGAAACCAAUUACUACCGCAUGGAAUCCAAAGGGCGUGUUCCCAUCAAGUGGAUGGCACCUGAAUGUCUUCUGUACCGCAAGUUUACGCACAAGAGCGACGUGUGGGCGUUUGGCGUCGUUGCAUGGGAGUUGUUUUCUUAUGGAGCCUCGCCAUACGGCACAAUCAAAGGACCCGAGAUGCUCGUGCUGCUCGAAACCGGAAGCCGCCUUGACCGACCUGCCGAAUGCCCGGUCGAUUGGUUUUCGCCAAUCUCAGCCUGCUGGACGCGAGACCCGGAGGCUCGGCCAAGCAUUGCCGUCCUGUGCGACUUUUUUGCGCAAAAAGCUGAUGGAGCUUCUAUUCGAGACAUUGGCUUGCUGUUGCGUUAACGCUUUGGGACUUGCAUAAUUGAACUUUUGAACCUUUAAUGGCAUUUUAUUUACAAAAUCGGUACGAGAAAC